AUGCAAGACUUUGCAAAUAUAGCUCUGGCCUUGCUAAAACUGAGCUUGACAUUGAUCCCACUUUACCUCAUCGGUCUUAUAGUCUAUAAUGUCUACUUUCACCCUCUGGCCAAGUAUCCUGGACCAAAGUCCAUGGCAGCCACACGUAUACCUUAUAUCCGCAUGAUCCUGGGUGGCCGGUUCGCACAAAAGACGAAAGUACUGCAUCAACAGUACGGCGAUGUAGUUCGCAUUGCCCCAGAUGAACUUUCUUUUAUAGACGGUGCGGCCUGGAAGCCAAUUUAUGGCACACGUGCUGGCCAUGGUCAGAAACCCAAAGAUUAUCGGUUCUACGCACCAUCUGCUGGAGAAGCUCCCGGCAUCAUCGUCUCCAAUGAUGCCGACCAUUCCCGCUUUCGUCGCUUGUUGUCACACGGAUUCUCUGAUAACUCACUGCGCGGUCAGGAACCUAUAAUCAUGGGCUAUGUUGAUCUUUUGAUGCAGCGCCUACAUGAGAAUAUCAAGGAUGGAACCAAGGCCGUUGACAUGGUGGCCUGGUACAACUUCACAACCUUUGAUAUCAUUGGAGACCUGGCUUUCGGGGAGCCAUUUGACUGUCUCAAAAAUUCAAAUUACCACCAAUGGGUAUCCAUCAUCUUCACCUCGCUCAAGUAUGGAGCUUAUACAAAUGUGUCUCGGCGUCUCCCUGGAUCGAAAUACAUCCUCCCAUGCAUCAUGCCCAAGCAUGUUUCCUUGCGGAGGAAUACACACUUAGCCUUGACAAAAGAAAAGGUCCAUGGCCGGAUAUCCAAGUCUAAUGAAAGACCAGAUUUCUUCAGCAACAUCUUGAAGCAUCAAAACACCGAGAAAGGAUUCAGUGUCCCAGAAAUGAUCGCCACCGGUAGUAGCUUGAUCAUUGCCGGCUCAGAAACCACUGCGACAGUGCUCUCUGGAGUGACCUAUCUUCUGCUGAAGAACCCACGCGUGCUGAAAAAGCUCCAAGAUGAGAUUAGAUCAGCCUUUACGACAGAGAAAGAGAUCACCUUGGAGUCAUGCAAUAAACUAGAGUAUUGCCUGGCUGUCCUCACCGAGGCUCUUCGAGUGUAUCCUCCCGUCCCAGUUGGAUUGCCUCGCAUUGUUGAUUCCCAAGGUGAUAUGAUUGCUGGAAACUGGGUGCCCGGUGGAACAGUUGUUUCCGUCUCUCAACUAGCUGCCAGUCACUCCCCUGCCAAUUUUACCAGUCCAGAGCAGUUUAUCCCAGAGCGUCAUUUGGAUGAUCCUCGCUUUGCAGAUGACAGUAAGACGGCAAUGCAACCGUUUAGUACUGGCCCCAGGAACUGCAUUGGGCGCAAUUUGGCAUAUGUCGAAAUGCGUAUAAUCCUUGCUCGCAUGGUCUUCAACUUCGACAUGGAAUUGGACCAGCCCGAACAAAACUGGAUGGAUCAAGAAUGUUUUGUGCUAUGGAACAAACCAAAACUGAUGGGUUUUGGGGGCAUGAAGGACCGCGUUGAUGGAUAUUGA